AUGUCGUCAGAAACGGAGAAAGCGAAGCGGACGAGGACCAAUGUCAAGCAAUCAAAAUUCGGCUGCUUCACUUGCAAAGCUCGACGAGUAAAAUGUGAUGAAGCUAAGCCGUCUUGCCGACGAUGCUUGACUGCACAGCGACAUUGUCAAGGCUACCCACGUGGAGCACCCUCUGAGUCGUCAUCCUCACCAUCGACUAUAACAGCCUCUUCAGCAUUGUCAUCAUCACCUACCUCAAGACUUUCGUCAGCUUCUUCAUCACCUCCUAUCUUCUUAAUACCGGACCUCCUCUCCCCUUCAAGUCCCUUGGCAAAGCUCGCCUGCACUGUACUAGUACAGAGUCCUCGCAGGGCAAAGAACAAGCUCGAGCUGGAGUUUUGGUCCCGCACCGUCCCCCAGCUGACCCACUCCGUCCCAUCUGUCCAAGCUGCGGUCGAAGCUUUUGGGGCCUGCUAUAAAGACUAUGUCCUAGGAGGUGAUUCUACUACUGCAGGCCUCGAGACUACAAAGCGAUACAUCAAAGCUUUGAAACUUGCGCAACUCGAUCUUUCUACUCUACAACAUGGACCCUUACCCUGCAUGAUCGCCUGUCUUCUUCUGGCUAGCAUCGAGGCUAUACAGCAGCGACUCUAUAGUGGACAUGUGCAUCUAAAUGGCGCGCUAGCUUUGAUGGCAUCUCACUCCAGCGAAGAAGCAACACCCAUGAUCGAUAUGGAAUAUGUCUCAUUAUUCCGAAAGCUCGAUCUGCAUAUCGCCACCUAUGCUAUCGGAGUCGCACCACAUCUGCCCCCUCAGCCUCCGAUCACAGCAGACGAGUUGUUGUCCGGUCCGCCUGAUAAAUCUCUCUCCAGGGUAUUACACUCAUGCUACCACUUCAUUUCUGCAGGUUAUGUGUACAAGUACACCAGCCGACGAAUAAUCCCUCCAGAGUUGCUCAUUGAACAAGGCCGUCAGCUCAGCAACAUGAGACAAUGGCUUGAAUACAACCAAGUACCAUCCUCUCCAACGAAAAACAAUGCAGUUCAAGAUGAGUCGCUGCUCGUCCUUCGGACUCAAUGCCUUGCCGCCUUGGUUUAUGCGUCGUGCGUUCUCGAUCCCCGGGAAACUGCGUACGAUUGCUUUGGGCCAGAGUUUGAAGAGAUAGUCACCUUGGUUGAAGCUCUUUCUCCCAGUACAGACCAGGACCAGGCAUUACAGCACGGAGACUUGAGCACCCUAUUGUCAUACACACCUGAAAUGGGCAUCAUUCAUCCACUGUACUUUGUGGCACGAAAAUACAGGCAUAGACGCUGGCGCCGCAGAGCAUUGAGUCUAUUGAUAAAGAGUGGUAGGGAGGGACCAUGGUGCGGAGAGAUUGAGGGCGCUGCGGCGUCAUCUGUGAUCUGGGCAGAAGAGGGACUCGCCUACAACACGUCGUUGUACCUACCUGGGUCUGAAGACACAACCAUGGAUGACCCCAUCAACAUCCUUGAGAGAAACAGAGUGCACGUCAGUGGUCCAGUUGCCGUGGACGAGAUAGAGGACGAGUAUGGGAAUGUUGAAUCGAACCAGAUGUCACAUAAAAGGCUUACAAAGGUGCACAUCUUCAGAUGCCGUGAUAUAGAGGCGAUGUUACGGGAUGAUGGACAUCAACCUCGUCAGCAUCCUUGGAAGGGCUCAAACCAUUGGGAGGAGUGGAUGGAUCCGCUUGAACCUGUAUCAUAGACACCUAGUUCGUGACUGAUUUACACUUUUGCUUUAAG